GCCGAUCCGAUCCACCGCUCGCCCUCCUCCCCCUCCGCCUCGCCGCCGGCCUACCGCCGCUGCUGCUGGUGGUGGUUCCGAUCCGAGGUUGCUCCACCAUGGGUCUGGUGAAGGAUGGCGCCGAUCUGGAGGAGGGGACCCUGGAGAUCGGCAUGGAGUACAGAACUGUUUCUGGUGUGGCAGGACCUCUGGUUAUCUUGGAUAAAGUAAAGGGCCCAAAGUACCAGGAAAUUGUAAACAUCCGAUUGGGAGAUGGCACCACUCGCCGUGGCCAAGUUCUAGAAGUUGAUGGUGAAAAGGCUGUUGUACAGGUGUUUGAAGGCACUUCAGGAAUAGACAACAAAUAUACUACCGUGCAGUUCACAGGAGAGGUCCUCAAAACUCCUGUCUCACUUGAUAUGCUUGGGCGCAUUUUCAAUGGUUCUGGAAAACCAAUUGAUAAUGGUCCACCUAUUUUGCCCGAGGCAUACUUGGAUAUCUCUGGAAGUUCAAUUAAUCCCAGUGAAAGAACCUAUCCGGAAGAGAUGAUUCAAACGGGGAUAUCCACCAUUGAUGUCAUGAACUCCAUUGCUCGAGGCCAAAAGAUUCCUCUCUUUUCUGCUGCUGGUCUUCCUCAUAAUGAAAUUGCUGCCCAAAUUUGUCGCCAAGCUGGCCUCGUCAAAAGUUUGGAUAAAGGCAAGCAUGCAGAGGGUGGUGAAGAUGAUAACUUUGCUAUUGUGUUUGCUGCUAUGGGAGUGAAUAUGGAAACAGCCCAAUUCUUCAAACGUGAUUUUGAAGAGAAUGGGUCGAUGGAGCGGGUCACCCUUUUUCUGAAUUUGGCGAAUGAUCCUACCAUUGAACGUAUCAUUACCCCUCGAAUUGCACUAACAACUGCAGAAUAUUUGGCAUAUGAAUGUGGGAAGCACGUACUUGUCAUCUUGACAGAUAUGAGUUCAUACGCAGAUGCGCUGCGUGAGGUAUCAGCUGCCCGAGAAGAAGUGCCAGGUAGGCGUGGUUAUCCUGGAUAUAUGUAUACUGAUCUCGCAACCAUAUAUGAGCGAGCUGGGCGUAUUGAAGGAAGAUCAGGCUCCAUUACCCAAAUUCCCAUUUUAACAAUGCCUAAUGAUGAUAUUACACAUCCAACUCCUGAUCUUACGGGAUACAUUACCGAAGGACAGAUAUACAUUGACAGGCAGCUGCAUAACAGACAGAUAUACCCACCCAUCAAUGUCUUGCCAUCUCUCUCUCGAUUGAUGAAGAGUGCUAUUGGUGAGGGUAUGACCCGUCGAGACCAUUCAGAUGUCUCUAACCAGCUUUAUGCCAACUAUGCUAUUGGAAAGGAUGUCCAGGCCAUGAAAGCAGUUGUUGGAGAGGAGGCACUCUCUUCUGAGGAUCUGCUUUAUCUGGAAUUCCUCGACAAAUUUGAGAGGAAAUUUGUAACACAGGGAGCAUAUGAUACAAGAAACAUCUUUCAGUCACUUGACCUAGCAUGGACAUUGCUGCGCAUAUUCCCUCGUGAACUUCUCCAUCGUAUCCCUGCGAAGACAUUGGAUCAGUACUACAGCAGAGAUGCUGCCCACUGAUCUAUGUUCAGAAAUCAAAUGUUCUCUCAAGUGCAGCUUGAAUAAAUCGAAAUGUUUGAACUCGUGGCCUUUUUGCUGUAGUUAUAUAUAGUCCGGUCCUAUUCUUUUCUGUCGGGUGAGCACAAUUUGUUCUUAGGUCACUUUGUCACGGCGACUUCUGUAAUAUUAUGCCAUGUAUCUUUAAACUACACACAUGAGCUCAUUUUGGUUUUCAUUGGCCAGAGUUGUUAGCAAGAGCAUUGUAGGCCAAGAUGCUCGAACCUCCCAAGGCACUGGCUGUAUCUACUUUUGUGAAUGAAUAAAAGAUGAAACAAUAAACUGCGAUGAAAU